AUGAUCAAAUUUCGAAAGUUACAUGAUGAGGUUGCUGUGGCCGCCGGAGCCGAAGACACGGAGCUUAUCGAAGGUGAUGUUUCCUUUCACGCCAAGCGCUUAGGCCAAUAUGAUGCCGACUUGAGCUCUGCAUCAGUCGAUGGCUGUGACUAUGUUGAUAACAUCUUGGACCAAUUUGUAAGGUUUAUAGAUCCCCCCUUGGACAACACAGCUGAGAUCCUCACUCUCCAAAAUUCGAUUGGUCAUCCCGUUCAUUUAUGGACUCCAAAAUUUACGCCGCAACGUGGUCAACCUUGCGGACGAACGCAGUGA